AUGGCGUCCUCCUCGACACCUCAAACUCCACUUCUCUAUUCGUGCAUCGCGCAUCAUACUACCAUACUAGCAGAAUGUACGACCUCGGCCUCGUCGCAAACCUCGUCGCUCGCUUCCCUUAUUCUCCCCAAGAUCAACCAUGACACUCCUCAGAAGCUCACGUACACGCACGGCUCGCAUCACAUCCACUACAUAUCGGAAGCGCCCUCGGCGCAUCCGGGCAACCGGUCGGCCGGCGGGUUGACAUUCCUCGUGAUCGCGGAGUCGUCGCUGGGCCGUCGCGUGCCCUUCGGCUUCCUAUUCGAGAUCCGCAAGCGCUUCUUCAACGAGUUCUCCGCAGAGACGGCCGACUUCACCGACAUGCCUAACUAUGGCGCGGGAAGCUUUAAUGCCGAGCUCAAAAACCUGAUGGUCGAGUUCGGCACCACGAGCGGUGGCCGCGACGAUGCCAUCACCAAUGUACAGCGCGAGAUCGAUGACGUCCGUGGCAUCAUGACCCGCAACAUCGAGGGUCUACUCGAGAGAGGCGAACGCAUCGACUUACUUGUUGAUAAGACAGACCGCCUAGGUGGCAGCGCGCGAGAGUUCAGAGUGCGCAGCCGCGGUCUCAAGAGGCAGAUGUGGUGGAAAAACGUCAAGUUAAUGGCGCUGCUCGUAGUAGUGAUCCUCUUGAUCAUUGCCGCGAUUGUGAUUACAGUCAAGAAUGCUACGGGAUGA